GCAGUGAAACGUGAGCUCCGGCCUGUAUUUAGGAUGUUCGGCUCGGAGUAGGACAAAGACACGUUUCCAGGCGGGAGCCCAGCCUGAGCAGAUGUUCCUUCCCCGGGAAAACCAGCUGCAGCAGCAGAAGAAGAAGAAGAAAGAGUCGGAGGAAGAGGAGGAGAAGAAGAAGAAGUUGGAGCAGCAGCAGAAGAAGAAGCUUCAGAGACGAUAUGGCUGAAGAUGUCUGUGGAUUCUGAAAACACCUGUGUUUUGUUGUCAACGCGAGACUCCAGGACGUCCUGCAUCUUUCAGACAGCCGAUGAGAAAGAUGACAUCCCAGGAGUGGGAGAGGAGAGCGUCCUGGAGAUGCUGAGCUGCUCUAAGUUCUCUGAUCUGGAGACGUGGCUCUGCAUGCCGUCCUCCCUGCUGCUGCCCAGAACUCUGGACUCCACCAGAACCUCCUCCUCUUCCUCCUCCUCUUCCUCACAUGCCUCCAACCGAUCCUCCAACUCCCCUCCGGCCUCCUCGUCCUCCUCCCCGGCCUCCAACUCCAGGCGCUCCACCUGCAGUGAACCUGGAGACGCCGACACACUCAGGUCUUCACAGAGAGACUGCAGCUUCCUGUCUCCAGCUCUGGGGAAGGAGCUGUCCUUCCUGUCCACUCCUCUGGUGCCCAUCCUGUCCUCCACCCCUGAUGCUGCUGCAGCGCCCCCUGCUGGAGACUCCGCCCCUCAUGGCGGCGUCAGCAUCAGGAAGCGGCGGCGACUCGCUGCCAGUCCGGGAGGCCUCCACUGGACCCCUGCAGGUUCUGUUCAGCGGGACUUCUGUUCACCUGAUCCGUCUCCUGGGACGUCACCGGGCAUCGCAGCAGGUGGAGGUGAGCGGAGCCUCCCUCUGUCAGCGGUGGGCGGAGCCUCUCUGGCGUGGUCCAAUGACCGGGCCUCUCUGAGGAAGACGGUCUCCGUGGACGACCGUCUGCUGCAGCCGGCGGCUUCAGAGCAGCGACACCUGAAGCUGCUGAGCCGUCUGGACCGAGGACGCAGGAAGCUCCGCAACGUCUACAGUCUGGGAGCUCCGAGUCGAUACGACAUCAGGAAAAAGUCGGACAGUAAAAUCUCCCGUUUGGCUCAGAGGUGGAACCAGAAACCGGAAGGAGAUGCUCUGAUCAAAGACCUGAGGCCUCUGUUUUAUCCAGGAAUCCCCCGAACCUCGCUCAGCCUGGACAGCAGACGCCUCCCGGUGGUCCUGACCCAGCAGAUGCAGAACCUUCAGCUGUCCCAGAGCAGGAAGCUUCCUGGAGGUCCGGCGUCUCCCAGCGCCGCCAAACGCCUCUACAGGAACCUGUCUGAGAAGCUGAGAGGAAGCACCUCGUCCUUCGAGGAUGCCUACUUCUUCGGCAAGACGGACCGACUGCGGAAAGCCUCGACGAUGCAGGGCAGCGACUGCAUCUUCGAGGCGGUGGAGCAGCAGGACCUGGACGCCGUUCAGAUUCUCCUCUACCAGUUUUCGGCCGAGGAGUUGGACCUGAACACUCCCAACAGCCAGGGCCUGACGCCACUCGACAUCGCCAUCAUGACCAACAACACGCCCAUCGCCAAGCUGCUGCUGAAGGCCGGCGGCAAGGAGAGUCCUCACUUUGUGAGCGUGGAGAGUCGUGAGGCCCACCUGAGCUCUCUGGUUCUGGAGGCGGAACGUCGGGCUGCAGAUCUGGCGGCUCAGGCUCAGAGAGACGGACUUUCUCUGGAGGCCUGUCAUAAAGACAAGCAGCUGAGGGCCUGGGAGUGGAGGAGCAAACUGUACAAACGCAUGAAGACGGGCUUCCAGCACGCACGUGCCCCGGAGGCCCCGUCUCUGGUCCGUCUGAGCGUGAGCAGUAGCACCACGCUGACCGUCACCUUCCAGGAGCCUCAGUGUCUGAACUCCACCGUGGUGACCAAGUACAGAGUGGAGUGGAGCUGUCUGAAGGACUUCUCGCUGUUAGCUGGAGAGUUGGUGUUGGACAACCUGCAGAGCCUGAAGUGUACCAUCAGCAGCCUCACCACGGGUCGACUCUAUUACGUUCGAGUGUCGGCGUACAACAUGAAGGGUUGGGGUCCUCCCGCCUCCUCGCUGCCUCCAUCUGCUGCUCCGUCCAACUGGAGGGAGGCCGACGGCAAGGAGCCCCGGAGACGAGGCCACAUCGAGGCCAUGGAGCGUCUGCUGCAGCAGGUCCGAGCCACCCACACCCACUACUGCUGUGGAGACGCCUCCAAGCUCCAGAAUCCCAGCAGGAAGCAGUCGGUCUCCAGAAGUUUAAAGCAUCUUUUUAACUCCUCCAACAAGUUUGUGAAAACACUGAAGAGGGGGAUCUACCUGGCUGCAGUGUUCUACCAUAAAGACAGUCUUCUGGUCACAGCUGAAGAUCAGAUUCCCAUUGUGGAGGUUGAUGAUUCCUACAGCAGCUCUCUGAUGCAGGACUUCCUCUGGUUCACCAAGCUGUCCUGUAUGUGGGAGGACGUCCGGUGGCUCAGACAGAGCAUGUCCGUGUCCAUGUCUUCGUCCUCCACCCUGCAGGCUCGACACAAGAUGCUGACGGCAGCCGGACAGCUACAGAGCCUCUUAGGAACCCACAACCUGGGCCGGGUCCACUACGAGCCCAUCAAGGACCGCCAUGGGAACGUUCUCCUGGUGACCAUCAGAGACACGGAGAGUCAACAUUCUCUGUUCAGUGGGAAGUGGAUGCAGGUGACCAAACUGCAGAGUCAGAGGAAGAGUCUGUCCACACCUGAGGAGCCAUACGCCCUGGACGUCCUCAUCAUCACCAUCCAGGACAUUCUGGCCUACCAGCGUCGCAGCACCCACCGCUUGGCUCCGGGACUCUACCUGGGAUACCUGAAGCUCAGCAGCUCCGUGGACCAGAUCAAGGUCCUGGUGUCCCAACGAACCCCCAACAUGCUCUGUCACAGCCGGAUCAGGGACAACGCUAACGUGUCCAGGGAGGAGUGGGAGUGGAUCCAGACGCUGUCGGCUGCAGGUGAGAAGGAACGCAGCGGUGACGACAGCGAGGAGGCGGAGCCCCGAGCAGAAAGCCACGCCCCUUUACUGUACUAUGAGCUGCAGACGGCCAUCAAGGCGCUGCUGAAGCUCGUCAACCUACCUCUGCACCAGGCCCGUCACUUCCGCCUCUACAGUCAGGAGGUUGUUGAACUCGGUCACGGCGUCUCGUUCCUGCUGCUGCUGCCGGCGGCCGACGAUGUUUGCUCCGCCCCCGGACAGUCCAACCCCUACAGCCCGCUGUCAGGAUUCCUCCACCUCCCACUGCAGAUGUUCGAACUCGUCCACUUCUGCAGCUACAAGGAGAAGUUCAUCAGCCUGUACUGUCGUCUCUCCUCUGUCCUGGACCUGGACGCCCUGAUUACCCAGCAGGCCUUGAGGGAGGCCAUCACCGACGGAGAGGUGACCACGGCCAAGCAGAGACACCAGCUGAUCCUGGACUACAUCCAGCAGCUGGAUGAAAUGCGUCGUGACCUGCGCUGGAUAACGGAUGCGCUGCAGUCCGCCCGCUACAAGCAGCCUCGGGGCGGCGUCCCCAUCACCUGCCUGGUGGACGCCAGCGCCCCGGAGUCCGACUCCGGCCAGCAGAAGACCGACUCCACCUCGUCCACCAUGGACUACCUGCCCACGCCGUCACCGUCACCAGAGCUGCGCCGCCGGAAAGGCAUAAGCGACUCUCUGCUCGGCUCUGAUGAAGACGCCUCCUCGGAGGUUUUCCUGCCGACUGACAGCGACUACGACUCCAGCGACGCACUGAGUCCCCGAGAACUCGACCUUCUGUACUCACCGGGUGCCGAUCUUUCCCAGCAGGCCGUUCACUCGCUGGGCGGCAGCGCUCCAGACGUCCUGCAGAUCCACGAGCUCAGGUACAGUGUCUGUCCUCCCAGAGACCUCCCCCUGUCUUCGGAGGUGAGGGACAAGUCCUCCCCCCUGCUGCCGUCCUCCCCGUCCCUUCCUUUGUCUCCGUCUCUGUCCGACACCACCAGGACUCUGGAGGGUCUGUCGCUGUCUAAAGAAGGCUCCGCCCCCUUCAGGGCCCUCGCCAACCCACCCUCCAAACGUAAGCUUUUGUCCCGGAGCCACCGGGGGCAGUACUUCAGCGGUCCCCAGCGCUGGCUCCGGGGCCACGGCGACACCACCGGGUCCCUGUGUGAGGGCGUCUACACCAAGCAGCCCGACCACGACCUGCCCUCGCCGCAGGGCAACACCUACGUAAGCCACGCCUCCUGCGUCCUGGAGAGCCGAAAGGGGCGACACCGGGAGCCCCGCCCCCAUAUCCGCAGGAUCUUCGUGGAGCCCUGCAAGGAGCCGAGCUGGGAGGAAGAGCUGGACGGCGGCACUAGGGAGGCGGUGAAGGCAGCCGGCGUGUCGGUGGUCGUGUCUGCAGGCGAGGGGGACGAGCCUGAGGGGGAGGAGCCUGAGGGAGCCGCCGCCCAGGAAGUGGACUCGGACGACCAAACCAACGCGCAGGUGUCGGAGAUCCUCAGCAGCACGCUGUAGAACACCUCUGAUUGGCCGCCAGCAGCCCUCCCACCUCCACAGAUUGUAAACUAAAGUUGCUGGUUCAACUCCGCCAAGCCUCAGAACCCAUGGCUUCGACUGUUACGCAGAAAAUAAUCAAUGCAACGAGAAACUGAGCACUGCUUCUCCCUCCAGGAACUUUGCACACGACUCUGAACGUCGACCAAAAAAAUGAAAACAAACCCAGAAAAUAAGCGCUGGUCUGACUCUGUUUGGGUUCUGUCGGCAUGGAUUCUGCUCUACUUGAAGUGAAUGUCCGUCUGUUCGUGGUCUCCUGUGACGAUUGAGCUUUUAAUGUCGACUUGUGGUUGAAUUGAAGAAAAAAAAUCUCUAUUUACCCUCCGAGCACGUGACCUGCCUCAGUCACCAACCAAACCUGAAAGUAUUUUUGUAUUCUUGCAAGACGUCCUAUUUUAUCUGUGUUUGUUGGCAUGAAGUAGUCUGUAGCCGUUGGUUUCUCUGGACUGGAGCUUCGUCGUCCGCUCGGUUCCCAGUCGGACCAGACGCCGUUUGUGUUGUGCAGUUUUUGUUUUUCUGCUUCCUGUCGUGUUCUGGAAGGCUGCUGGUGUUUUUCCUCUUCAGUUCUUUACUCUCAACGUGCACAAAAACUGACUGACUGCAUUCUGAAAUCCAGCAGGAGUGAAGGAACGUCACUGGAACGUUCAGGCAUUCUGAGCUGUGACACCUUUUAGUAAGAAGAGUAUUUCAGAUAGACAGAUAGAUUAAACCUUUUAAACAUUUCCUCUCCUGAACGUCAAACCAGCUGCUUUAGAAGAACGAUACUGAAAACUCAGGCCUCCAAGAAGUGAAGUAAAUGACUCACAACUGUUCAAAAUGGUUUUGAAAUUGAACAAAAACUUCCCUAAAUGAAAUCUGAAAUCACUUUAAACACGUCUACAAUCUCAAAAUGGAUCCAAAAUGACAUAAAAUUGUCUGAAUGGGUUCAAAGUUUGUCCAAAAUGAGUCAAAAUUGUUUGUAAUGACGUGAAAAUGGUCUAAAAUUAGCUUGAAGUUGUCUAAAAUAACAGAACUUGUUGAAAAUUAUUCAAAUAUUUUCCAGAAUUAGUUCAAAUUGCCAAUAAUGGCUCAAAUUUUUUCCAACAUUGGUGAAAAAAAUUGUCUAACACGACAAAACUUGAACACAAACACAUAACAGAUGUCUGAAAUGAGGUAUUAUAAGUUCAAAAUGUCUGAAGUUAUUCACAAAAUUGUCCAAAAUUAAAAAUAAUUGCCCGAAAUUACUCAGAAAUAUUUUUAAAAAUCACUAAAUAACUCCAGUAUUAUCCACAGUCAUUUUAAAUACAAAGUUUGUUCAACAUUAGUUAAAAUCGUCUAAGCUUGUUCAAAAUGACUCAAAAUUCGUUCAGACCGGUUGUAAAACUGUUAAAGAUUUGUUGAAAAUUUCUAUAGAAUAAUGACAAAUGUCAUGAAUUAAUCAUAAAAAACAUCCAAAAUGACCUAAAAUUGUUUGACUUAACAAUAGUCCAAAAUGAGUUUAAAAUUGUCUGAAACAACAUUUUUUUUAGAAAAUGUCUCAAAUAUUUUUCAAAAUGUAUUAAAAUUUCCCAAAAUGGCUCCAAUUUUGUCCAACAUUAUAGUUGAGAAUACAAUCCAAAAUCACUUUAAGUAGUUCCAAAAUGACUCCAGAUUGUUUGUAAUGACUUAAAUAUUUUUGGUAUAGUUUCCCAAAAUGGCUCAGAUUUUAUUAGUUUGUUUUAUUAGUUGAAAAUACUGUUCAAAACUACAUAUAAAUACGUCCAAAAUGACUCAAAAUUAUUCUAAAAACACUCAAUAAAUGUCUAAAAUGAGGUGAAAACUGCGCCGAAUGACUGAAAGUUUGUUCAUAGUGGCUAAAACUUGACCUGAACUUAGUUUAAAAUUGUCUAAACUAACAAAAGUUGUCCAAAGUGGCUGAGAUAUUUUCCAACAUUAGUUCAAAUUCUUCAAAAUGACUCCAGUUUUGUCCAAAAUCACUUUAAAUAGUUCCAAAAUUGCUCAACAAUUAGUUCAGAAUAAUGAAGAAUGUCAUAAUUAAUCCUAAAAACAUCCAAAAUGAGCCAAACUUCCAGCUGUGGGCCUGAGCUUAAAUACAAAUCUGAAGUGGUAUUUUAGAGAGAGUACUCUGCUGUUAGAAGUAAUCUGAUUACUGUGAGGUGGUACAGUUUUAGAAGUGUUUCCUGUAUUCUGGUGAUAUUUCCCCACUUCUGUCUGAACGUGCACACAUUCUUUAUGCACACUGUUUUAAUCUUUGCACAUUGAACUAUGGAAUAAAAGCUAAUGGAGGGUUUGUGACCCGUGGCAGCUUCUACACCGAAACGUUUCCUGUCUGAAAGGCCCAAAGAGUCCAGCUUUACGACCAGACAUGCACUAAACAUCUGCUGCACUUUGGUUUAUAAUAUUUAUAUUUAUAAUAUUUAUGAAGUUUGACGGAAAGAUCACAACCAGAAUCACGUCUGCUACCUAGUUUCUCUUUAGUCUCUGCAAAAUAUCAAGUUUAUAAACUACAAUUACUGCAAAAUGAACGAUCUAAAGGUAACUUUACUAAAGGUAAGUUACGUUUACAUUAAGUUUGUACUGUUGUUAUGCUAAGCACUCACCAUUAAAAUCUUUUUUUUUCUUUUAAAAACUGCUAAGCUAGGCUAACUAUCUCCUGCUCCACCAUUAAAAGCAGCUUUUUCUUUUAUAAACUACAAUAAACUCGGAUGUAAAGUCACCAAAGGAUCCAGAUCUUAUUUAAAAACCUCCUUAUUGGGUCCGUUUCUCUGAACCACUAAUUCAUUUGUAGCGACAGGAUUCAUUUCUAUGGUUGAAAAAUGAACUUUUUCCCAGUUAUCGUCCAAACUGAACACUUUCUUUCACACACAGAUGUGAUUCUGGCGUCGAUCUUCUUGUCUAACAUCCCCACAUGUUAACCUGAUUAGUCUUAUUGUAACUGGAGUUUUACUUUUGUAGCUGAAGCCAUCAGUUUGGUUGCUAUGACGACGACAGAUCUUCUUGUUUUGUUUCCACAGCAACCGAUCAAUCUGUCAAAAUAACAAAAAAAAGAAACAAAUUCUAUAAAGGCCUUACAUUUAUAAAAGAUUUCUUCUAAAUGACUCGAGAAUUGUCUGAAACAGGCUGAUUUAAACCUGAUUUAAAGCCCAGUUUAAGCCUUAAUAAACCUGAUUUAAACCUGAUUUAAAGCCCAGUUUAAGCCUUAAUAAACCUGAUUUAAACCUGAUUUAAAGCCCAGUUUAAGCCUUAAUAAACCUGAUUCAAACCUGAUUUAAAGCCAAGUCUAAGCCUGAAUAAACAUGAUUCAACUUGACACAAGGUCAGAUUUACACUUCAAUUAAACCCCAAUUAAACCUGAUUCAAAGCCCAGUUUAAACCUAAAUUAAACCUGAUGCAAUGCCUCAUUUAAGCUGAAAUUAAUACUGAGUCAUUUAAGUAUGUUUUACAGUUAAUUUAACCCUGACUCAAACCAGAUUUAAGCCUUAUUUGAACCUGAUUUAAAGCCACUAUGGAAUCAACUUAAAGGUAAUUUAAACCUGACUUUAACUUGGAUUAAACUAGAUUUAAACAUGCCUUAAACCUGACUUAAAACCAACUUAAACCUCAAGUAACUGUGGACUUGAUUUACGUCUCCUUUAAUCCUCAAUUAAACUGCAUUUAAGCCUGAAUUAAACUUCAUUUGAACCUGAAUUAAACUUUUUUUUUAAACCUAAAAUAAACUUUAUUAAAACCUGAAUUAAACCUUAUUUAAACCUGGUUUGGGUUCAUUUUUAGAACCUGGUUGUUUGUGUUUUAAUCCAAAGCUACCUGGAGAUCUUAAAGGUGUGAAAACUGUCGGCUGCAGCUACAAAAAUAAAAGCUGAAGACUUUUAUUUUGAAGUUCAGAUUCCAAACGUUGAACUUUGAGCUUUUAAUGUCCGUCCUCAGGAGUGUUUCUGGGCUCAGACUAAAUCCUGGACAGUGACACACUUUGAUUAUUUUCAUGUUAUUCUGUUUAUUUCCUGUCUGUUGGCCGUCCUACUCCAGUAUUCUGAGCAGAUCCUAAAAAUCAGAGACCUUCUAUCUGUAUAUUUUUGCAUCGUUUGCCCAGAGAGGCAUCAAGACUUUAUUUAUUAGCGGCUGAAGGACUGCUGGAGGAACGCUCGGUGUUUUCAUGCAGCCUCACCACGACGGACGUGUCUAAGCUCUGAAAUAAACUUGGUCUCAUGUGGAUGUCGUGCACUUAAA